GUUUUCGUAUUUGUGACUCAGUCAACGACUUCCAACACUAAACAUUGAAAUAUGAGUAAAGGAGUAGUGACAUGUUUGAUAAUUGGAGCUGGCCAGAGGGGAUACGCUUAUUCAGAUUUCGCUCGUUUACAUCCCGACAAAUUGAAAAUAGUUGGUAUAGCAGACAAAAAUGAACUCAGAAGGAAUAGAGUUAAAGAUGAGGCUAAUAUUUCGCAACAGUACACAUUUACUGAUUGGAAAGAUGCCGCAAAACUGGAUAGGUUUGCUGAUUGCGCAGUAAUAUCAACACAGGAUAGAGAACAUAAGGAACCAGCGAUUGCUUUUGCCAGUAAGGGAUAUCAUAUAUUAUUGGAGAAACCGAUGGCUGUUACAGAGGCAGACUGCAAAGAGAUAGUAAAAACUUGUAAAGAAAAUAACAUAAAUUUAACCGUUUGUCACGUUAUGCGCUAUACACCGGAAGCUAGAAAGAUCAAAGAACUAAUAUCAAAUGGAAGCAUUGGUGAAGUAGUCAACAUUCAGCUUAUCGAACCUGUUGGCUCCUUUCAUUUUAGUCAUUCGUAUGUUAGAGGAAAUUGGAGAAGAGAAGAAUUGAGUUCUUGUUCCCUACUUGCAAAAUCAUGCCAUGAUAUUGAUUUAAUAGUAGAUUGGAUGGAGGGAACGAAGUGCAAGGCCGUCUCGUCUUUUGGCUCCUUGAAGCAUUUCCGAAAAGAGAAUAAGCCGGAAGGGGCGUCAGAUAGAUGCCUUAGUUGCCACUUGAAAAACAGCUGUCCCUAUUCAGCAGUAGCCUAUCUCGACGAAGUUAAAUCAUUCAAUACGGGUUGGCCCGUCAGUGUUCUAUCCGACAAUCCCGACAUUGAGAAUAUUACGGAAGCGUUGAAAACUGGUCCGUACGGUAGAUGCGUCUACAGUUGCGAUAACGACGUCGUCGAUAAUCAAGUAGUUAAUAUGGAAUUUGAGAAUGGUUCUACAGCUUCCUUUACAAUGGUAGCCUUUACUAAGAAAACUUGCGUAAGAGAAGUAAAGAUUUUUGGAACAAAGGGAGAAAUUCGUUGCGAAUUCGAUGAGAAUUUAGUUAAACAAGCGGAUUUUGUUUCAGGUCAAACAUAUUUCCACACAUUUAAGAGGAAUGGAGGAAAUUAUGGUAGAUUAUCUGGACACGGUGGUGCUGAUUAUCACACUAUGAAGGCGUUUGUUGACGCAGUUGCGGAGAGAGACGAAUCGAAAAAUUUAUCUGGGCCAGAUCAAACUUUACAGAGUCAUUUACUGGUGUUUGCAGCUGAAAAGUCACGCUUGACGAAGACUACUGUGUAUCCGCAAUUAAAUUGA